AUGUCUUUGAAAAUAAUCCCCUCCGAUUCAAGAGAAUCUGAAGUUUCAUCCACUCACUUCAACGCAGCAUCCAAGAAUGCACCAUCAUUAUCAGAAACAUUACAUACCCAAUCAGGGCCAGUAAAUAUAUCGUCCAAGAUAAACAAUCUUCAUCCUUUGCAAUCAAGAGUUAAUAAUUGGGAACAAACCCAACAAGAUACCAGAUUCGAAACUUAUAGGCGUAUAUUUGGUGCUGGUGAACCUAUCAAGAGAACAAUGGAGUUGUCAAUUGUUGAAAAUACCGAUUUUAAGCCUCAGGUAUUGGGAGGCAGUGAUCCAAUGCAUAAAGAUAUGUUGUUAGGUAAGGAUAGUAGCUUGGAUUGGGAGGACGUUUAUCCUAACGGAUUAAACCAAAACGGCAACAACGUAAUGGACAUGCAUGGUGAAAUAGAAAAGAAAUUAGGUCUUUAA